AUGGGGUUGGGUGCCAGCGUCGAGAAGCCCACGGGCGGCGCCGAGGGCUUCCACCUGCACGGGGUGCAGGAGAAUUCCCCGGCCCAGCAGGCGGGCCUGGAGCCCUACUUUGACUUCAUCAUCACCAUUGGACAUUCACGGCUGAACAAGGAGAACGACACGCUGAAGGCGCUGCUGAAGGCCAACGUGGAGAAGCCUGUGAAGCUGGAGGUGUUCAACAUGAAGACCAUGAAGGUGCGCGAGGUGGAGGUGGUACCCAGCAACAUGUGGGGCGGCCAGGGCCUGCUGGGUGCCAGCGUGCGCUUCUGCAGCUUCCGCAGGGCCAGCGAGCACGUGUGGCACGUGCUGGAUGUGGAACCGUCUUCCCCUGCCGCCCUUGCUGGCCUGCGCCCCUACACAGACUACGUGGUUGGCUCUGACCAGAUCCUUCAGGAGUCUGAGGAUUUCUUCACGCUCAUCGAGUCCCAUGAGGGGAAGCCCUUGAAGCUGAUGGUUUAUAACUCUGAGUCUGACUCCUGCCGGGAGGUGACUGUGACUCCCAAUGCAGCCUGGGGUGGAGAGGGCAGCCUGGGGUGUGGCAUCGGCUAUGGGUAUCUACAUCGGAUCCCAACUCAGGCCCCCAGCCACCACAGGAAGCCACCUGGUACUCCACCACCUGGUGCUCCACCGCCUGGCACCCCGCCACCUGGUGCCCCACCACGUGAUGCCCCACUACCUGGCACCCCGCCAUCUGAUGCCCUACUGCAUGAUGCUCUGGCACCUGGGCCUACACCCCAGGACUCACAUGACCUGGAGAUAGGUUCCGGGCAGAGCAACUACACAGAGGUCCUGCUGCAAGCACCUGGCUCCUCCCUAGAAGGACCACUUCCUGGGUCUGGGAGUCCCAGCCUUAGCCCUCCAGACCUUGGGGGACUUCCACAUCCCACAGAGACUCCUCUUCAGCCUCCACCUCCAGUGCAGCGAGUCAUGGACCCAGGUUUCCUGGACGUGUCGGGCAUUUCCCUCUUGGACAGCAGCAAUGCCAGCGUGUGGCCCAGCCUGCCUCCUUCUUCAGCGCCGACCUCCACAGCUCUCUCAACCUCAGGGUUGGAAGACGUUUGCUCUAGCAACAGUUCUCAUGAGCGGGGUGGUGAGGCCACAUGGUCGGGGUCAGAGUUUGAGGUCUCCUUCCUGGACAGCCCAGGUGUCCAAGCCCAGCCAGACCACCUGCCUCAGCUGACUCUUCCCGACAGCCUCACCUCGGCAGCCUCACCAGAAGACGGGCUGUCUGCUGAGCUGCUUGAAGCUCAGGCUGAGGAGGAGCCGGCAAGCACAGAGAGCCCAGUUUUCGGGGUGGAGGCUGAGGGGCUGGCUAGCCAGGCUCAGCUCUCUGCCCUAGAACCGCCUGGGCUGUGACAAGGCCCCUGGCGACAUUUCAUGAAGCCCAGAUGUGGGCAGGCAGCCCAGACUGUGCUAUGCAGUCAGCGCCCUGCCUGCCCCUGGCCCUGUGCCUGCCCCCAGCCCCAUGUGUCCAGCUUCCUAGGCUGCAGCUCCAGGUGUGUGCAGUGCCUGCUGCUGGCAGGGGGCUUUUGUGUCCACUCACUUGGACCCAGCUUCUGGUCUCCAGGAGAUGAUUUCCCAACAUUUAUCCUCCCUGGUAGUCCUGGUUUUGGGGUUUCAAAGGGUUUGGGGUGGUAGAGGGCUGGGAACAGCACCCCCAGAUUAAAUAUUUUGCGGGAGCUAGGAGAGGAAGCCUGGGUGGGGCAUGAAGCCUCGGUGGGUAGUGAGAGGCCAUGGCCUUGGGCAAGGGUGUUUUUUGGCCAUGCACCCUCUGGUCUAGUGCUUGUGCCAGCUCUGGUCUCUGAGGCUUCCCUGGCGGCAGCAGGGUCUGGUCAUAACCCAGGUGAAGUGGGGUGAGAAGGGGUUGGUGUCAGGUAUUGGCCUGAUUGCUUUAUAGGGCCUGCCUUGGCUCUUCCUGCACAGCUUGGUCCACUGAAUACUGGAAGGGACCCCCAAGCCCUGGGGCCACGCGCCGGUCCCAAUUGCUCCUGUCAUGUGCCCUCACCCCUGUGCUACACUGCCACAGUGGGAUCAGGCCGGCCACCGUGCCAGUUGCAGUUGGAGGGGAGAGGCAGUGUACUUGUGCAUCUCGCUGAAGGGAGGGGCUUGGACAUUCUAGGCCCUUCAGCAGAGACCCAUUUGUGCCUGGACCACAGUGUUUCUUCCUCAGGCCCAACAUGCCACCACAGACCUAGUGUCCCCAGUGGCAACUCCUGUUAGCUAGCUCCCAAACUAAAACAACCAUCUCUUCCAAGUACACAAGGCAUCCAGCCAGCCCCAGUAGCGAAUAAAAGUUGCACAUUUAAGUUCACCGUCCUAGGCAAACUCUCAAAGCUAGUCCACCUCACUAGGUCUCUUCACACACCACGCUCACCCCAAGAGGAAAAGUAUGGGGUUAGAUAAGAGUGGGUGAAAACCCUUCUGUUCUUUCCUAUAGUAUGGGAGGGAGCUGAUUUCCCCACCCAGGUGCCUUUGGAGGCUAAGGCUAGGCUGGGUCCUCUGCUCUGUGCAGUUUCUGCAGAGGAGGGUGCCGUACCCAGGAUGUCCCCUCAUCACCUGAAGUCCUCUGCUGCUCUGACUGGACUCUCACCUUCCCAUACUCCUUGCUAAUUACUGUGAAAGCUGCCUCUGGCCUUGUCUUCUAGCUUCCACCAGGUGAAAGUCUCACCUUUACUGCAUGAUUUAUAAUGACUGUACAUACAGGAAACUCAAAAGCUGUCAAGUCUGCAGGGUAAGGACUAUCUGCUCUGGGCACCAUAGACCAGCUAUAUGGAGAGAAGGUCCCAAAUCAGCAAACAUGGAGUUCCAAGCACUGACUACAUCUCAAGCAAGCCCUUGUCAAGCUUACCAGAGCAGCUGAUAAGUGCAGAACAGUAAGGCAUUGUGUCCUGGAUUGUCUGGGAGCCCAAUGUCAAGAAUGCAGGAAUGAGAACAGACUUGUUCUGGGGCGAGCUUCCCUUAACUGUAGCUGGGCAGUCUCACCCCAAGUUGCUGUUGUCCCAAAGUUCUGGCUCUCCCCUUCACUUUUUCUUCCCUCCCCCAUAGACUAGAGGAUAAAAUGGGCAACGAUUUUAAUAUUUCCAAAGAGAACAUGAAACCAAGUUUCUUUCUUUCUCUAAUCUGCUAUGAAGGAAAAUGACAAGUGAAAAAAUAAACGUGUAUUACGCUUUGAAAUAUUUUAACUAAAGCCUUUAUUCUAUACAACGUGAAAUACAGAUUUGUACCCUUUUGGCAUUGCAGACUGUCAGAUUUUCUGGAAACGGUAUUACUGGUUUGACUGACUGGAGGGGGCAAAAAGUACAGUCAUGCUGGGCGGCAGAUCUGUGACAGGAAGGGAGUGCAGCCACCCAAGGCUCAGCACACAGGGCAAACGACCCAGUGAAACCCUUUCUUCAGCUCAAGGCCCCUCGUGCAAACACAACUGAGGGCUGACAAGUGAGUUUUGUUUUGUUGUUUUUACCAUUCAUUCACAACUAUUGCUAAAAAAUGUGCACCAAAAGCGCACUGUUGUAUCCAACAGAUAGAUAGAAAGGACUCUUAAAAAAAAGAAGCUGGUUGCUCUCUGAGGAAGGGAGAAAGACCAUUUCAGCUUACUGGAAAUGUGGCCACGUCUUUGCUCACUUCUCCAAAGUGCAGAAGGCAAUGGCCUGUCCACUUUCCAAAGGAAGCUGACUAGCAGUGAGGGAACCCUGUGUUUGCAGUUGUGCGGAUCAGAGUAUCUCAAAUAGUAAGGUGUGGACCUAGGCCCAUCAGUUGCCCCCAGCUAAACCUGUGAAGAUGUAGAAAAGAAAAAACCUUCCCUACCACCCUCCCCAGUCCCUGCUGUUGUGGGGACAGGCCACACACAAGCUGGGGAGGCAACUGGAC